UAUAACACAUACUUCGUUCUCAGUUUUUCGUUACUGAAUCAAAAUGGGAGGGGAAGAAGUGGCCGAGACCCAAACCUCCAUCUGCAAAGACGCUCCCAAUCUCCUCUCAUUCUUCGUUGACACCUUCGUCGACUUCUCAGUCAGUGGCCUCUUCCUCCUCCCGACGCCGCCGCUACAAAACCCUAACCCUUCAAUUUCCCGCUCCCUACCGCCAUUACCCACCCGGCUGCCCUCUCCGAGUCGCCUGAUCGCCGUCGGCGAUCUCCACGGCGACCUCGACAAGACGAAGCAGGCGCUACGCCUGGCCGGCCUUAUCGACGCCUCUGACCGCUACGUAGGGGGCUCCGCCACCGUCGUCCAGGUCGGCGAUGUCCUUGACCGCGGCGGCGACGAGCUCAAGAUCCUCUACUUCCUCGAGAAGCUGAAACGCGAGGCAGCCCGCAGCGGCGGCAAGAUCAUCACCAUGAACGGCAACCACGAAAUCAUGAACAUUGAGGGUGAUUUCCGCUUUGUAACGAAAACAGCUCUAGAUGAAUUUAGGGUUUGGGAGCAGUGGUUCAGUGUUGGUAACAAAAUGAAGGGCCUCUGCCAAGGUUUAGAAACCCCCACAGACCCCUUCAAAGGGGUUCCGAUGUCAUUUCACGGUGUGAAAAGAGAGUUCUUCGACGGGUUUCGAGCCCGGGUUGCGGCCCUGCGGCCUAACGGCCCAAUUUCGAGUAGGUUUCUGUCGCAGAAUGUAACUGUCUUGGUUGUUGGGGAUUCCCUUUUUGUUCACGGAGGGUUGUUGCCGCAGCAUGUUGAUUACGGUUUGGAGAGGAUCAAUGAGGAAGUUAGGGAUUGGAUUAAUGGCUCCUCGGGGAAGUUUUCGCCGCAGUAUUGCAGGGGGAGGAACGCUGUCGUUUGGUUGAGGAAAUUCUCAAAUGAGGUUGCUCAGAAUUGCGAUUGUGCGACUCUUGAGCAUGUUCUGAAGACGGUCCCUGGUGCGAAGAGGAUGAUCAUGGGACACACAAUUCAGACGGCUGGUAUUAAUGGUGCCUGCGAGAACAGAGCUAUUCGGAUCGAUGUGGGCAUGUCGAGGGGGUGUGGUGGUGGUUUGCCUGAGGUUUUGGAGAUAAGUAAGAAUUCUGGGUUGCGGAUAUUGACUUCGAAUCCAUUGUACCAGAAUAUGGGCAAUGCUGGGUUAAAUGUGGGUAAGGAAGAAUUGUUGAUUCCUGCACAUGGUGGAUUUAGGGAGGUAGAAGUUAAAGCUUGAAGUUAAGGAGGUUUAGCUUUUAGUGUUAUUGGUUAAACUUUCAUAAGCUAUUGUUGGUUUUUGUUUCAAGUGGCAACGAAUGAAUUGGGGGAUUGUACAGUGUAGGAUGUUAUCCACAUUUUUUCUCUUUGGUCCACCAUGAAGACUUCGUGAGGAUGCUGAAUUCAUUGAAUGUCUUAAGACCUUUACCAUGACUGGUACAUAUGAUGUGGGGAACAAAUCUAGGGUUCCAUGCAUGGUUGGAAAGCGAGAGGAGCAUCAGUCAUACUGUACUAACACUUGUUCUGCCCGGUCCACAUACCAGAUAUAUAUCCUCUCGCUAUUCUUUUUCUUUCAUUUGUUUAUUUAUUUGAGUGGGAAAAUGGUUUGGAAAGAGGGAGGAAAUGAUGAGAAAAGUGGGAUUGAACCUCUUCCUCACAUCUUAAAAUAUACCCUGUUCCUCAACCAUCCUUGAGAAAUUAUUAAGCUUGGUUUCUACCACUCUAAUUAGAUGAAGACCCACUAAUUUGUGACAGUAAUGCAAAAUAGAAUGUUUGAAGUCCUUUGCAUUGUAAUAUUAGGGAGUGUCUUAGAACAAGGCAGCUGAGUUUGCUGUCUUCUGCACGGCGAUCAUGGUUGCAACACCCAUCUACUUGGCAACAACACUGACAAGAAUUUGUUUUUUGGGUUUAGCUAGCAGUUUUAAUAAACACAUAAUAAAUUUAUUGAA